AUGGACCGACUUCCAAAAGAGCUUUACGCGUUGAUCUUUUCGCAUUUGACGCAACAGGAGAAGCUUCAAUGUGUCUUGGUCAACAGGCGCUGGUAUAAAAAGAUCAUGCAACUGGGCGUUCUCUUCUCCCCGCUAAUGUUCUUAUACGAUCAUCCCCAAGUCCUGGAAGCCAUGGAGUACUUUGAACGCCAUCCAGACAUGGCACACCAAAUCAAUGAACUCAUCUACAACGACCGGGAUUCUCCAGAUGAUGAGCAGUUUGUCAGGUUUCCAGUCUUUUUCAACAAUCUCAAGACAUUGAAAUUCAAAGUAGAAGCUUCUGCUGACAUUGGUAAAUUGCCUGUGCUAGAAGGAGAGGAUGCUGUAUUGAGAUUUCAAAUCUGGAGUUCAACACUGCGUUCUCUUACAGAGGUCAACAUGUGCAUUCAUCCAUUGACCAGCUACAUUCUCAGCAAACCAUGCCAUCAUCUCACAAGUCUGUCGUUGCAAUACUAUGAACCUCAUUACUACAAUAAUCUAUGGGAAACGAAUGUAAAAGGAACAAAGGACAAGCUUAUCGCCAAUUUGAAAAAUGCAUCUCAACUUACAUCGCUCACGUUGAUUGGCGUGCAUCUAACCAUGUAUGAUUUCGAAUUGAUUCAUCAAAAGCUGCCAGCACUGAAAAAGCUGAUCCUCCACAAAUUUACAUUUCGGCUGAACGAUACACUGGAUUACCCCUAUGCAAAUCCUCAACAGGUCUUGGAUUCCGGGAAUGCGGUUAUUUUUGCUGAUCCUGCUCCAGCACCGUCUCUGGAGCAUUUGGAGAUCCUCAUGUUCUACGACGACAACUUGGAAUUUCAAGAUGCGGAGGUUACUUUUGAAUGGCUCAAAUACUUUGGGAAAAAGUACGAGAGCCUCUUACAUUUUACCCUGAGCUUUGUUACGGACGAUCUUCAGCACACCAUGUACGACAAACAGCUAAGCGAGGAGCACCUGCUUCCCAUUCUCAGAGCCAACACAAAAAUGGAGACGUUUGACUUUCCAUUCACGCCCAUCACACCAGACAUGGUCGGUAUCAUGGAUGCUAAUGGGACACAGUUGAAGCGCGUUGUUGUUUCAGCGUAUCUGGAUGAUUUGGAGUCUCAGUUGAAAGCAUUAGCGCAGUCAGAUCAAAGAAACUCUAUCACCUCUGUCAAGAUCACUCUUCACGACAGCACUGAGUUUGAUCCAGAUGGCCAGGCUGCAGUAUAUGACGGCCGGAAGCCACGACCUGUUCUCGACACCUAUGGCGACUUUAUUACGAAACCACUCAAGCACUUUCCAAAGCUUACUCACUUGGAUGUGAACGGUGACAAGCAGAUUAUCAGUGUCGCCUGGUUGCCCAAAUUCUUGGCGUAUUUCAAGCAUCUCACCAGCCUCAGAUUGCAUAACAUCCUAUACACCGAAGCAUUUGGAAGCCAACCUUUUGUAGAGUCUCAUGUCAAGGACAUCAAUCUCGACAAUUUCGUCUUUCCAAGCGUUCUUGCCUUGGAGCCGUGCUGUGAACAGCUGUCCAAGAUGCUUCGUCUGUGCCCUCAUUUGGAGAGCUUUGCAAUCGAGUCCUGUUUCUUUGGUUUGUUUCCACAGGAAGACGUAGAAGUUUUUGGAGGAUCGUAUUACGCUUUGCCCGAAGAUGAAGACGAACACAGAUCGCAGCGUAUGAUCACUUUGAAGCUCGAUUUCAGACAAAACAAAAAGUUAAAGAAGAUUGAUCUUGAUUUCAGCGAUAAAUAUUUGUAUGUCUGCGUUUACAGAAACAACGACACUCACUACACCUUAUAUCAGGCUCAAAUGGACAAGGGAGGUAAGCUCGCCAAAGUCAAAAGAUCUGUGCCCACAACCGAGUAUUACGCGACACUCUAUCUGAAUGAUAGUCCAGUAACUAUCAACAAUACGCUUAUCAGCCAGUAA